CCCGCGGCGGGAGCACCUCCGCUCGCCACCUGGGGACCCGCGCCGCGCUCCCCGCCCCCGCCCGCCCGGCGCCCAUCCCCCGCGCCCUCCGCUCGCCGGGGUUAUAAUUGCCUCUCACCCCCCGGAGGGGUUAUUUUGGGGGUGGUUGGAGGUGGCGGCGGCGGCGAGGAGGGGAAUUUCCUUGUGCCUCCAUUCCCGGGAGGGGGGGAGCGGCGUCGGAGGCCACCGUUUCCAGCAUCAGCAACAGCAACUUGUGAUUGGCGGUACCAGAUACUCAGUUGUACAUCCCCACAUCAAUGCACUGCCAAUGAUGAGGAAACUGAGGCCUUGGACUAGAACAGAAGUCUCCUGACUGAGUCCAGGACUCUUUGUGUUGCGUCAUGCUGCCUGAUGUUUGUUUAUGGAACUCAGCAACAUCAUAUACAGGGGUUAUAUCCUGUGUUGUGACCUCAUGGUUUAAGUGGGAAUAAAGAUGAGUAUAAGCAGUGAUGAGGUCAACUUCUUGGUAUAUAGAUACUUGCAAGAGUCAGGAUUUUCUCAUUCAGCGUUCACCUUCGGUAUAGAAAGCCAUAUCAGUCAGUCUAACAUAAAUGGUGCCCUCGUCCCGCCUGCUGCAUUGAUUUCUAUCAUCCAGAAAGGUCUACAGUAUGUAGAGGCAGAAGUUAGUAUUAAUGAGGAUGGUACCUUGUUUGAUGGUCGACCAAUAGAGUCUCUGUCACUGAUAGAUGCCGUAAUGCCUGAUGUAGUGCAAACAAGACAACAAGCUUAUAGAGAUAAACUUGCACAGCAACAAGCAGCAGCUGCUGCAGCUGCUGCAGCUGCGACAAACCAACAAGGAUCUGCAAAAAAUGGAGAAAACACAGCAAAUGGGGAGGAGAAUGGAGCACAUACUAUAGCAAAUAAUCAUACUGAUAUGAUGGAAGUGGAUGGGGAUGUUGAAAUCCCUCCUAAUAAAGCAGUUGUGUUACGGGGCCACGAAUCUGAAGUUUUCAUCUGUGCCUGGAACCCCGUUAGUGAUCUCUUGGCAUCAGGGUCUGGAGACUCAACAGCAAGAAUAUGGAACCUUAGUGAAAACAGCACGAGCGGCUCCACGCAGUUAGUUCUUAGACAUUGUAUACGAGAAGGAGGGCAAGACGUCCCAAGCAACAAGGAUGUGACAUCACUAGAUUGGAAUAGUGAAGGUACACUUCUAGCAACUGGUUCUUAUGAUGGGUUUGCCAGAAUAUGGACUAAAGAUGGUAACCUUGCUAGCACUUUGGGGCAGCAUAAAGGCCCCAUAUUUGCAUUAAAAUGGAAUAAGAAAGGAAAUUUCAUCCUAAGUGCUGGAGUAGACAAGACUACAAUUAUUUGGGAUGCACAUACUGGUGAAGCCAAGCAACAAUUUCCUUUUCAUUCAGCACCAGCUUUGGAUGUUGACUGGCAGAGCAACAACACUUUUGCUUCUUGUAGUACAGAUAUGUGCAUUCAUGUCUGUAAAUUAGGACAAGACAGACCUAUUAAAACAUUCCAGGGACACACGAAUGAAGUAAAUGCUAUCAAAUGGGACCCAACUGGCAAUCUCCUGGCAUCCUGUUCUGAUGACAUGACCUUGAAGAUAUGGAGUAUGAAACAAGACAACUGUGUCCAUGAUUUGCAAGCACAUAAUAAAGAAAUUUAUACUAUCAAAUGGAGUCCAACAGGGCCAGGGACAAGCAAUCCAAAUGCCAACCUUAUGUUAGCAAGUGCAUCCUUUGAUUCUACUGUUAGAUUAUGGGAUGUAGACCGAGGAAUUUGCAUCCAUACUUUGACAAAACACCAAGAGCCUGUGUACAGUGUAGCUUUCAGUCCUGAUGGCAGGUAUCUGGCGAGUGGUUCUUUUGACAAGUGUGUGCACAUCUGGAACACACAGACAGGUGCUCUAGUUCACAGCUAUAGGGGAACAGGUGGGAUUUUUGAAGUUUGUUGGAAUGCGGCAGGAGACAAGGUUGGAGCCAGUGCAUCAGAUGGUUCAGUUUGUGUAUUAGACCUUCGGAAAUAGCGCUACUAGUUGGAAGCCAUGGACCGACUAUGAAUGUGUAUAUAGCCAAAAUGACUGUCCCCGACCCAAGUACUGCUAUAGUCCCACUUGAACCAUGGCCAGUCCACUACAGCCAAAUCUAAGAGAAAUAUAUACAAACAGUGUAUAUAAACAAAAUUGCACCCUGAAGAUGACAGAAUUUUGUCACAGCUUGUGAAUUCUGUUCACCAAGUGCUGGAAUCAAAUCUGCUGUGCCCCUAAAAUAGCAUUUAGAAGUUUUGGAUAUGAAAAACAGAAGAGAGAAAAAAUAUGCGUUAUAAAAGCAGCCCAUACAUGUACCAGUUUUUGGAUACUAAUGACAGCCUUGUUUAUCCCCUUUGAAUCAGCAGACACCAUGGAUUAUAUUCUUUUUUCCCUUCAGUAGUUUAGCAGUUUGUAUGUACAGAGAAAACGGACUUACAAAAACUUGCAGCAGUAGUUUGUUCUUGCUUUUAAACUUUUUUUGGUUUAGUUUAUGGAUGCAUGAAGUAAGGGAGUGAAUCAGUUUCUUGUUUAUAUUUUUUUUCACCUUUUAAACAAAAAAAAUUCUUAAAAAUAUUUUAAUGCAUUCUUUUGAAGAGAUAGAUGUUUGGUACAUUUAUGGCUCCCAGAGCAUAUAUUCAAUUGGUGCAUGUUGUAGACGGGGAAAUUGGAAAUUAAAUGGAACUAUAUGACUUUGGUCAUGUCAAUCUGUAAGACACAUCAGUAAAAGGGUAUUAUGCUCUGUUUUUUGUUUUUGCUUUUGCUUUGUUUUUCUGUUGUGGGGUUUUUCUGUUUUGUUUGUUUUUUUGGUGAUGUGGCUUAAAUGCAAUAGUUUCUUUUUUUGGGACAUAUUUCUGCCAAUUAAAGACUAGAAGGGCACAAAAAUUUUUUAAUACCAUAGAGAAGAUGCAUAAAAAUAUCUUCUGAUGUUUUGUAGCCAUAACUAAAUUAUGGUUAAAAAUGUGCACUAUUGUGAAAAGGAGCAAAGUAGGUUUGGGUGUUUUUGUUGUUUGUUUGUUUCUUUUACUUUGUUUUUUAAGAGAUUAAAAUGUUUCUGGAUAAGGAGUAGCUUCUCCAAAGUGUCCAUCAUUCUGUUGUAGAAGCUUAAAUAUGUAAUGUAACCAAACUCCAGUAUUAAAAAUCUCUCAUGUUAUUUUUCUUUAUACAAAGCAAGAUAACGGCAUAUAACACUGCCAUUACAUGGCAAAAUGUUUGCUACCUUAGUUUAAAAACAAUCUUUAAAACAAAAGACUUGCUUCAAGGUGUUCUUAAAUAGCAGUGAUUCAAAAUUUUUAAAAAAAGGUAUAAUUGCACUAACCUCCCGGCUGCUCUGAUUCUGCGUUUGUGGUACUUGUGACUACAUUUUCUCAAAUAUAGAUAGAUUUAAGCUGCUAUGUUUUGUUUUUUUUAGUAAUCACUACUAUAUCAUGUCUUUUACUCUGUUUAUAAUAUCAUGUAUUUUCUUAAAGGUAUAGGUAUCAGAUCAAACCUCCUCUUGUGCUCAUGCAACUAAAAGCUAAAAUAUACAGAAUUUACAAAUGAUAGCAUGGGGCUAUGUUUAUAUGUGUGAUUAACAGGGUUUGUCAUGAUUAAUGUAAUAAUUCAGAAGUGUCAGUUUUGAAGAGAAUAGUUGUCAAAUUUAAUAUCACAAAAAUUUUAAUUAAGGAAUAUCAUUUAUUAUCAAGCUUAGCAAAUUUAUAACACUAUUUCUGUCACUAAUUAUUUGAAGCUUUUACUGCUAAAAUUUUAACCUAUGUUUUAAGUAGAAACUGAUUUAACCCUAGUAAUGCAGCUUUGAUUUUCAGCAUUUGUUGUUUUGCUAUUUUACAAAACAGCAUUGAUUGAAGCAAGUCUUGGUUUUACUAAGGUAGGAUAGCAUUUGCUAUUGGUAAAGAGAAUAAAUACACUUAAUUUCACAAUACAUUGUUACAUGUACCCCAGUUAUUGCUAGUGGGGUCUAAGAUACUGUAAUAAUAUUUUUUAAAAUUUACAUCCAGAGAGGCAGUCAUUCAUGAUGGUUUUGUGCCAGCUGUUUUUAGGGUUUUGGAUCACAUUAUAGUUAUUUAGAACUAUUACCCUGUGACUUACGUAGGAAACCUAAUAUGCUGAGUAUCUGGCACUUGAAAUCCUGCUUUUAUCGCUGGAGGUCCACAUCUGUGGUUGACCUCUGUUGUUUUAAAAAAAAUAAAUAAAAAUUUAAAAAUCUGUGCAAUAAUUUUUAAAUGUGCUCCCAGGAAUAGACACAAAUGUUUUGAGUAUGUUUAAGCUGCAUUUUCCUUUAGUGAUGCAUUUGUCAAUUGCACUGAAUUUAAAUCUGAAAGUCAGAGGUGGUUAUUGAUAGUACUUUUUGUAUUUUGAUAUGGACAAUUUAUUCAUUUGCAUACAGUUAUUGACCUUUUUUCCCCAGCUGAUUAAAGAUAGUCACGAAGUUCUGCAGUAUAGCUGCCAAAAUCGACAGCUACAUGUUUAUGGUGUUGUCAUCGUCUCUGUGUUUUUUGUUUGUUUGUUUGUUUGAUCUUUAGGUAUUUUACUUAAGCAUAAUAGCCACAGUAGGGCAUAUAAAAGAUUAUAAAUACAGAGCUUUAUUAUCCUGAAGUCUUGGGUCUUUUAAGUAUAAACUGUCAGAAAGGUAUCCAUUUUGUAGGCUUGGGUUCUUUGUGAGCAUACAGUUAUUUCUUUUUUGCUGCUGUUCUCAACAUCAUCAUUGCCUGCUGAUGUGCCACGAUGCUGCUCCAGUAGACAAAAGUAAGAUUGCCUCUAAUUUGAGCAGUAACAUGAUUAUAAGAGACCAAGUUUCACAGCCUGUAAAGUUCUAUAUUUGAGGUUCUUGCUUAUUUUUUCCUUCCUUUUUUUUUUUUUUUUCUUUUUGCCCCCUCUAAGAACUUAUCUGAAGAUCUAUUGAUUCCAGUAGAUUUUCUGUGGUGUUCAUUAUAUGUCAUUGUUGUAUAGGCUACUGUAAGACACUUACAAGGAAAAAUAGAAAGGAAAACUUAAAUGAAUAGAAUACUUACUGAUUAAAAUAGAGUAAAGAAAGAGCAGCUGUCAUUCUUGAACAUCAUAAAGGAAUAUCUUUUUUCUUCUUCAUGUAGGAUAUCCCGUAAAUUCUUAUCUUUGUUCCAUUCCCGGUUUACUGUCAUUGAUCGGGUACCAUCAUUAACUUGGACGUGACUUUUAGAAGUGAUAACUUUUAAUUUCCUGAUAGGUCUUAGGGUGUACUGAAUUCUGUUUUAAUUAAUUAUUCUCUAGGUAAGUAUGUUUUAGGAUUAAACACCUUUUACAGAUACUGAAAGUGCCUCCUUUUGUGGUGUAAAAAACAAAUUAUGGUGCAAAAAGUAAUCAUUAGAUUGAAUUACAUGAAGGUUUUUUGCUUUUUGACAUAUAGAAAUGUCAAGAGAAAGGCCAAAGAUUUGUACUUUUUCACUUAACUUAUAAAGCACUCCUUUUUUCCUUAAACUUACUUCUGUCAAAUUAGAUUUAAUGAGAGAGUACUAUUUUUAAGGAGCUAUCUGUUUAUGUAGAAUGAUUUUGUUAAGAGUUAUGUAAACUAUUACUGAAUAGAGGCCUGAAGAGGAGUAUGCAUUUUUGCUGUUUAAAGGAAUCAGAAAUGACUAUUCUUAUGUCAGCAAAGAUGUUAAGUUUUACUAGAUAAGCAGAAAAAAUAAAUCUCAAAUGCAGUGCUAUUUACUCUUUUCAAAACAGUUUUCAUUUUCUUAAGCACAUUGUACAUUUCUGUAGAACCUGCAUUUUUUUCUCGCAUGCUAAAAACGGUACUUGCAUUUGGUGAAUUACUGUUGACAGUUUCCACAGAAAUCCUGUUUCAGUGGACCAACAUUGUGGCAUGGCAGCAAAUGCCAGCAUUUUGGGGAAUAGCAGCAAAUCUACAAGAGACCCUGGUUGUUUUUUUUUGUUUUGUUUUGUUUUCUUCUGAAUCAGCAGGGAUGGAAGGGGAGUAGGGAAGUUAUGAGUUACUCCUUCCGGUAAUAGCUCUGACGUGUCACAUUCAAUAUCAAUUAAAAAAAAAAAAACACAUGAAUCUAGUUAAGUGUAGAAGAGAGAGCGAAAAAAGAGGAAGUGUUCACUUUUUUAAUACACUGAGUUAGAAUUUGAUGUCUUAUAUCAGUAGUUCUGAAGUAUUAAUAGCAUUCUUUAUUUCUGCCUUUAUGUUGACAGUGUUGAAGCAGGGUGAAUAACUCGGGCAUAUGGUUUUGUUUUUUUUUUUUUUUUUUAAAUUUUCUCGUAAUCUGUUUCAUGAUGUUUUCUUUGGAGUUUAUGGAUAAGUUCAAGAAAACAUUCUGCAUGUUGUAUCUAGUCUAAUGUACUUAUCCAUCUCAUCAAAAACAAAAACACGCAGACUGCAUUUCGUAGCUCUGUAAUCCCUAAAUACAGAAGUAAUUUUCUUCUUUCCUGACUUCGACAUUGUAGCUAUAAUGUUCUAAUUUUUGAUUUCUACAAAUCCUUUGGGUCUAAUUCUGUGAGCCUACUUAUAGCACUGGAUUAAAAUGUCUGCAUCAUUUCUUUAGUUAUCCAGUUAACUUUAAAACUGUUGUAAAAGUGUAAACCAGCCCAUGACAGUCUUUUGUACAUGUUGAAGAACUUUGUUGUUCAGUUUUCAUGACUGUUGUGUAAGGAAGACUGAUACAGAUACUCUAUGCUGUCCUGGACCAUGUUAAUUACACUUGCGAUGUAUUUUGGUUCCACAUCACAAUGAUUUGUCCCCAAUGACCCUUUUAUCCUUUCUAGGCACAUUUUUUGUUGUUGUUGUUGCAGUUUCCCUUUGCAUUGUAUUGCUUUGACAACUGUAAUUUGAAUCAGAUCUGAAAGAGGUCCAGAAUAAAAUAUAUUUUGAUAUUA